GACAGAAAGCUUCAGUGUCUUGGCGUGCGGUGGAACGCAGAGACGCAGCUCUUAUACUCCCUAUGGAAGGUCCCGGCAGGCAAGAUGGCUCCAUCCAGUCAUGACUAGUGGUGGUCCUCAAAGAAGAAGAAAGAAGACAAGCCGGGCUGCGCGAACAAGUGGAUGGGAACAUUGUAAACUAGGUGCAAUGCAGUCCAAAUCCAGAGCUUAUGAAACGGAUGGUGAAAGGCAGUAUUACCUACCGAUUCUUCCUAUUCACAAAUGCAAAGAUAAGCUUCUUCAGACUGCAAGAGAGCAUCCGUUUUUUGUUGUGACGGGAGAGACUGGAAGUGGGAAGACUACUCAGCUUCCCCAGUAUCUCUACAAAGCAGGUUUUGGUAAACAUGGAAUUAUUGGUGUCACCCAGCCUCGCCGAGUAGCAACAAUUUCUGUGGCACAAAGAGUCGCAGAGGAAAUGGAUUGUUCGUUGGGGAGUACAGUAGGUUACCAAGUGCGUUUUGAUGACUACACUUCACAGAAAACUGCAAUCAUGUACAUGACUGAUGGAUGUCUGCUGAGACACACACUGACCGAUCCCAACCUCACCAAAUUCAGCACAGUUGUUUUGGAUGAAGCUCAUGAGCGGAGUUUAAGUACUGAUAUUUUAUUUGGUCUUUUGAAUAAACAGUUCCUGAUGAAAUGUACCUCAAAAAGGAAAUACCCUCUCAAAGUUAUAGUAAUGUCUGCCACUUUGGACAUUGAGAGACUGUCUGAAUUCUUUGGCAGUUGUCCAGUAUGCGUUAUUCCAGGAAAGGUCUUCCCAAUUAAAGAGAGAUUCCAUAACCUCAUUGGCCCCAGAGACAAAGACAACAGUGCUUAUGUUACAGAGACUGUGAAAGUGACACUACAGACACACUUAAAUGAGCUGGCUGGGGAUAUUCUUGUUUUUCUCACAGGCCAGUCAGAAAUUGAGAAGGCAUGUGAUGUGCUGUACAAUAAAGCUGAAAUGAUAGACUACAGGCAUGAUGUCUUUGACUCUUCUGUGGAAGGACUUCUUAUCUUGCCAUUGUAUGGUUCCAUGCCAACAGAUCAGCAAAAAAGAAUUUUUCUCCCACCUCCAAAAGGCAUCAGGAAGUGUGUAGUAGCCACAAACAUUGCUGCCACGUCUGUGACAAUUGAAGGCAUUAGGUAUGUCAUAGACAGCGGCUUUGUGAAACAGUUAAACCAUAAUCCCAGAGCUGGUCUAGAUGUUUUAGAAAUUGUGCCUAUUUCAAAAAGCGAAGCGGUGCAGAGAGCUGGCAGGGCUGGCAGGACAGCUUCUGGGAAAUGCCAUCGUAUUUACAGUGAGGAGUUCUGGGAGAAAUGUAUGCCAGAUCACAUGAUCCCUGAGAUUAAGCGAACCAGCCUUACAUCUGUCAUCCUGACCCUUAAAUGCCUGGAGGUAAAUGAUGUCAUCAGGUUCCCCUACUUGGAUCCACCUGAAGAAAAGUUUAUUUUAGAGGCACUCAGGAAGCUCUACCAGUGCAGUGCAAUUGACAGGAGCGGCAAUGUUACAGAUCUUGGGCGAUUCAUCAUUGAAUUUCCAUUAUCGCCUAAUCUGGCCUGUGCUCUUAUUAAAGCAACCUCUCUUGGAUGUGAGGAUCUUCUUCUUCCUGCGGCAGCCAUGUUGUCUGUUGAACAUGUGCUUAUACAAUCAGGGAUAACUCAGAAACAAAAGGAAGUUGAAAUAAGUCACAAAACAUUAUCAGAAAUGGCUGGAGGAGACAAUGACUUUGCUACUCUUAUUUCCAUUUUUGAAGAGUGCAAGUCUAGUGACAAUCCUGUUUUGUGGUGUCGUAAACAUGCUGUUCAUUGGAGAGCUGUAAAAUCUGCUUUCAGUGUGGAAAAGCAGCUUAAAGAUAUUACAGAUAGGCUCAAACAGCUGAAACAUUUUCCAGUGGAAAAGAGUGAUAUACCCAAGAAUGAGUUGCUUCAGCGGUGUCUGUGUGCUGGAUUUUUUUCCAAUGUGGCAAGAAGGUCAGUAGGAAGGACAUUCUGCACAAUGGAUGGAAAUGGCAGCAUGGUGCAUAUCCAUCCUUCCUCAGCUUUGUUUGGACAGGAGGCCAGUCUGGAGUGGAUUUUAUUCCACAACGUUAUGGUUACAUCGAAGAUAUAUGUCCGAACUGUGUGUCCCAUCCGCUAUGAAUGGGUUAAGGAUUUGCUUCCAAAACUUCAUGAUGUAGAUGCCUAUGAACUGAGCAGUGUGGCCAGAGAAGAAGUGACCGAAGAGGAACUUGCCAAAUGGGAAUCAAGAGAACAAGCAAAACGCAACAAUGAGGGACUAGAAGCCUCACUAAAGAAAAUGCAGAAAAGAAAUGACGACAAGUCCAUAUCUGAUGCCAAAGAACGUUUCCUUCAACGCAAACAACAGAAACUUCAGAAUCCAAAUGCUCAUAAGGGAGAAGCAAGCUGAUAACGCUUAAGCUCUAGCCUGAAUUGCAGGUCACAAAGUAGAUAUUUUAUUUUUACGUUACAAAUAGACAGAAAAAAAACCCAU